AAACACAGAAAACACAGCUCCAUAAGGCAAACAGAACGCGAAGGACAAAAGCCAAAAAAAAAAAAAAAACACAAACCUUGGUAAGUUUUCAAUAUUGUUCCUCGACAGAUCGGGGUAAAAAAUUGAAAUGGGUAUAGAAGUUACUGACAUCUGCAUGGACAAGGAGCCAGACUGUGUCAUCGUAUAUUCAAAUGGUGUCUCCCAUGAUCAAACUCACGAGACUGUUCCUCAUGAUCAUGGUGUUCUGGAGUCCUACGAACCUAUCAAUGGGGUUCCUGAGCUCCAUAGUUCAGAGGAGAGUACUGAAGCAAAGGAAUAUGAGGUGAAGGAAUGUACCACUGAAGUCUCAGUUGAGGUUACUGAACUUUCCCAUGCUGAUAAAAGCAAGGAAGGGCAGCAUGUUGUAUGCUCGAAUUUUGAGGAUGGCUUAAAAGUGAAAAAGGUUAAAGCAGUAAACAGAAAAUCAAAGGAUAUUGGCCAACAAAAAUCAUCUAUAAAGCGUGUAUCAAAACCUGCUUCUGCUGCCAUUGCUCAAACAAAACACACCGUUCCUCAGCCAUUUGCCCUAGCAACUGAAAAGCGUGCUUCAUCAGGAAUUCGUCCUUCUGGGCCUGAACCUGAUAUCACCAAUGGUGUGAACAAAUCAUUCAAGGCAAACAAUGUAUUACGUCCAAACCCUACGAAGCAGAACCAGCCACUUUCAAUGUCAAGGAAGCCAUUGCAACCAAAUAAUAAGAAGCAUCCAGAUGAGGAAGAUAAUUGUUCUGUCACUUCCUCUACCGCAGCAUCUGCACGGCCUAUUAUGUCCAAGGCAACUGCCGUAGCAGCCCCUGUAUUUAGAUGCACUGAACGGGCUGAAAAGCGGAAGGAGUUCUAUUCAAAGUUAGAGGAAAAAUAUCAAGCAUUGGAGGCCGAGAAAACCCAAAGUGAAGCAAGGACCAAGGAAGAGAAGGAGGCAGCCAUCAAGCAACUAAGGAAGAGUUUGACGUUUAAGGCUAACCCAAUGCCAAGUUUCUACCAUGAAGGGCCACCUCCAAAGGUUGAACUAAAAAAGCUGCCACCAACACGUGCAAAAUCACCGAAGUUGGGCCGAAGGAAGAGCUGCAAUAAUAGAGUGAAUUCAUCUCAGCCAGACGAAGUGAAAAGAGAUUUCAAUGAUGAAAAAAACCAAAGUCAGGAUAGUUCCAGAGAAGAUACCAGCAACCAUGUUUCUCAGCAUGGUGUCCUGAAAAGCCAUGCCAUUAGCAAAUUUGAAGAUGAAACCCAGCAAGCAGAAGAGAAAGAUGAGCCGAGUCCACCCGAUGAGGUUAAUGGGCAGAGUUAUGCAGGCAUUGACGUUCAGUUUUAAUAUUGUGGUGAGCUCUUAAUUCUUAAUUUUUAAGAGACAAAAGGUCCCAAUUCUCUUUCUACGACGGCUUGAAGCAUGUGAAUGUUGUUCCCCUUCAAGUUGCAAAGACCUGUUGCAAUGUUUAUGUAAUUUAUGAAGUGUAAAUUUUCUCUAACUUAUAAUAUCUAUGCAAAGCGUUCCCGUUUUGCACUCUUGUUGAGUAA